CCAGGACAACGGUAUUAGUAAACUACAUAAUGUAUGCUUCAAACCAGUAGUCAGUAGUACUUUAUACUUAAAGUGAAUAUUCAUUGUAAUAAAAAUGUCUUUAUGUGCGACUCCAAUUCUUUAUUUAAAUAUGGGUGGGGAAAUGUUAUAUGUUCUACGACAAAGAUUAAAGGCACAGGGGAUCAAUGUUGAUAAAACUAUACAAGUAUUGGAUGAUGUGACUGCUGCUUUACUUAAUCCAAAAAUAUUGUCUUGUAUAUUUGAAGAAAAACCUUUGACUGAAAUACCUGUCCUGAGGCCUACUUUAGAAUGUGUUGUAUUAUCUUCAAUUAUGAAGCUUGAUAAAAAUAGUAUGAAUAAAUUAUUUGAUCUAAUGAUUAUGAUGGUCAAAUAUCAACUAACUGCAGUCACGGGCCCCGUAGAAGUUAUCUUAUCAACAUUAAAUCACACGGAUGCGAUGCGUGAUAUGGUCAGUCAUCCUGAUGCUCAGCGUUGUGCGGGAUUAGUACAUCAGAUGAUAGUUGAUUUUUAUGGUACUUUUACUUUGGAGGAAAUUUGGAAUGCCAGAAAUUGUUGUCUGAAAGAAUUAGAACCAUAUUGUAUACGGGUAUCUAUUCUUCUUAGACUUGGAUUACAAAAUGAUGAUGGUAGUUUCAAUAUAAAACAUCACAAGUACAAUGAAAAAUAUGAAGAAAAUAAAGAUCAUCUUUCUAGCUUAAAACUAUGUGAUGUGGAUCUUAAAACUUAUUGUAAUGAUUCUUUUAAUCUUUUUGGUGAACGCGGUACAUUAUUAGGAAAGAAUAUGUACUCAAUGAUGCACGACAUAUCAAAAUUUGCUUCUGAGCAAGAAAAUGAUAAUUAUUUAAAAGAGUGUGGUACAAGAGCAGAACUUGGUAUGUUAGCUGUCCAACUGGGGACUGAAGAAGCUUCGUAUAAACGUCCUUUUAGUUUGAAUUUACUAUCAAACGAAGAUAAUAACAAUGCAAGUGUAAAAAAAGAGGAUGCUAAUUAUAAAGAAGAUAGCGAAGAUGAUACGACGAUUAUGAAGCAGGAGAAAACGAAAUUUAACGAGGAUUAUAAAACGAAACUUGAUAGUAUACGUGCAGAUCUUUUUGAGGAUGAACAUGAAGGAAUAAAUCAUAAUAUGGAUUUAUUAGAACUUCUAGACAAAACAGAAUAAUUUUUCUUAAUUUAUUU